UUGCGGAAUCUUCGCUAUAUAAACAGAACCGAAACCGCGGUGAUUGGAAUCGGAGUCGUCGGUCUCAAUCGCGACGAUGGCAAAAGAAGUGAACGGAUUCAACUUCGAGCAGAGGCACGGAAAGGAGAGGGUGAGGGUAGCUCGCGUGUGGAAGGAUAAGGAUGGACGCCAUUUCAUGGUGGAGUGGAGUGUCAGUAUCAGCCUCCUCUCCGAUUGCGUCUCCUCCUAUACCCGAGACGACAAUUCGGACAUUGUUGCCACAGACACCAUGAAGAACACCGUAUAUGCAAAGGCAAAGGAAUGCUCUGAACUACUAUCUGUGGAGGACUUUGCUAUUGUCCUUGCCAAGCACUUCACAUCAUUUUACAGUCAGGUUACUACUGCUAUUGUGAAGAUUGUGGAAAAACCAUGGGAGCGUGUUUAUGUGGAUGGUCAACCUCAUAGACAUGGUUUUAAACUUGGAUCUGAAAAGCAUACAACUGAGGUGAUAGUAAAGAAGUCUGGUGCUCUACAAUUGACUUCUGGUAUCGCUGGAUUGUCUGUGCUGAAAACAACCAAGUCUGGUUUUGAGGGGUUUAUAAGGGACAAGUACACAGCUCUUCCAGAAACACGGGAAAGGAUGCUAGCAACAGAAGUUACGGCACUGUGGAGGUAUUCCUAUGAUUCUGUACAUAGAAUCCCUCGAAUGCCAAUUUACUUUACUGAGAAGUAUCUAGGUGUCAAAAAAGUUCUAAUGGACACUUUCUUCGGCCCGCCAAAAGAGGGAAUCUACAGCCCCUCUGUUCAAAGCACACUGUAUCAAAUGGGAAAGGCCACGCUGGACAGAUUUCCUGACAUAUCUUCAAUCCAACUGAACAUGCCAAAUCUUCAUUUCUUACCUGUCAACCUCUCGAGCAAGGAUGCUCAAAUUGUAAAGUUUGAUAAUGAUGUAUACUUGCCAACGGACGAGCCCCAUGGGUCAAUUCAAGCUAGCUUGAGCCGUAUCUGGUCAAAGAUGUAAGGGGUAAUAGAAGUCCAUCCCUUCUGGCCCUUGGAAAUUGCAGCUUUUCACGCAACUGUGAUUAUGUUAUUUUUAUAUGUAGAUAGUUCUCAAAUAAACCUGUUUCAUGGAAUAACAAUAUGAGCAAAUGUAAGACUUGCAUGGUGCAUGUCAUGUUGUAUUUAUUGUUGUGUGAUAAUGCUGUGUUUAUGUGAUGAGAUGCUAUGGCUGGACUGGACAAGUUGGUUUCAUUGUCAUCUCAUAUUUUAGUACAGUUGAAUUGAGACUUGAAUUUGUCCGUA